AUGAGAAUCGGUCCAUUUGUGGAUAUUCUUAAAAAAGGAAAACUCGAGUUUAACGACAUUUUUAGAUCUGCACCUAAGGAUAACUCUAAACGGGAUAACUCUAAACAGGGUAAUUCUAAACGGGAUAACUCUAAACGGGGUAACUCUAAACGGGGUAACUCUAUACAGGAUAACUCUAAACGGGGUAACUCUAUACAGGAUAACUCUAAACGGGGUAACUCUAAACGGGGUAACUCUAUACAGGAUAACUUUAAACGGGGUAACUCUAUACAGGAUAAACAGGGUAACUCUAAACGGGGUAACUCUAAACGGGGUAACUCUAAACGGGGUAACUCUAUACAGGAUAAACAGGGUAACUCUAAACGAGGUAACUCUAUACAGGAUAAACAGAGUAACUCUAAACGGGGUAACUCUAAACAGGAUAAACAGGGUAACUCUAAACGGGGUAACUCUAUACAGGAUAACUCUAAACGGGGUAACUCUAAACGGGAUAACUCUAAACGGGGUAACUCUAAACGGGGUAACUCUAAACGGGGUAACUCUAUACAGGAUAACUCUAAACGGGGUAACUCUAAACUGGUUAACUCUAAACGGGUAAGCUCUAAACGGGGUAACUCUAUACAGGAUAACUCUAAACGGGGUAACUCUAUACAGGAUAACUCUAAACGGGAUAUCUCUAAACGGGGUAACUCUAAACGGGGUAACUCUAAACGGGGUAACUCUAUACAGGAUAACUUUAAACGGGGUAACUCUAUACAGGAUAACUCUAAACGGGGUAACUCUAAACGGGAUAUCUCUAAACGGGGUAACUCUAUACAGGAUAACUCUAAACGGGGUAACUCUAAACUGGUUAACUCUAAACGGGGUAACUCUAUACAGGAUAACUCUAAACAGGGUAACUCUAUACAGGAUAACUCUAAACGGGGUAACUCUACACAGGAUAACUCUAAACGGGGUAACUCUAAACGGGGUAACUCUAUACAGGAUAACUCUAAACGGGGUAACUCUAAACGGGAUAUCUCUAAACGGGGUAACUCUAAACGGGGUAACUCUAUACAGGAUAACUCUAAACGGGGUAUCUCUAAACGGGUUAACUCUAAACGGGAUAUCUCUAACCGGGGUAACUCUAAACGGGGUAACUCUAAACGGGAUAUCUCUAAACGGGGUAUAUCUCUAAACAGGGAUAACUCUAAACGGGGUAUCUCUAAACGGGUUAACUCUAAACGGGAUAUCUCUAACCGGGGUAACUCUAAACGGGGUAACUCUAAACGGGAUAUCUCUAAACGGGAUAUCUCUAAACAGGGUAACUCUAUACAGGAUAACUCUAAACGGGGUAACUCUAAACGGGGUAACUCUAUACAGGAUAACUCUAAACGGGAUAACUCUAAACGGGGUAACUCUAAACGGGGUAACUCUAAACGGGGUAACUCUAAACGGGAUCACUCUAAACGGGAUAUCUCUAAACGGGAUAACUCUAUACGGGAUAUCUCUAAAAGGGGUUAUUCUAAAUGGGAUAUCUCUAAACGGGGUAACUCUAAACGGGAUAACUCUAUACAGGAUAACUCUAAACGGGUAACUCUAAACGGAAUAACUCUAAACGGGAUAACUCUAAACGGGAUAACUCUAACCGGGGGGAUAUCUCUAAACGGGAUAACUCUAUACGGGAUAUCUCUAAAAGGGGUUAUUCUAAAUGGGAUAUCUCUAAACGGGGUAACUCUAAACGGGAUAACUCUUAACGGGGUAACUCUAAACUGGGUAACUAUAAACGGGGUAACUCUAAACGGGAUAUCUAAACGGGGUAACUCUAAACGGGAUAUCUCUAAACGGGAUAACUCUAAACGGGGUAACUCUAAACUGGGUAACUAUAAACGGAGUAACUCUAAACGGGAUAACUCUAAACGGGGUAACUCUAAACGGGGUAACUCUAACUCUAAACGGAAUAACUCUAAACGGGGUAACUCUAAACGGGAUAACUCUAAACGGGAUAACUCUAAACGGGGUAACUCUAAACUGGGUAACUAUAAACGGAGUAACUCUAAACGGGAUAACUAUAAACGGGGUAACUCUAAACGGUGUAACUCUAAACGGAAUAACUCUAAACGGGGUAACUCUAAACGGGAUAACUCUAAACGGUGUAACUCUAAACGGGAUAACUCUAAACGGGGUAACUCUAAACGGGAUAACUAUAAACGGGGUAACUCUAAACGGGGUAACUCUAAACGGUGUAACUCUAAACGGAAUAACUCUAAACGGGGUAACUCUAAACGGGAUAACUAUAAACGGGGUAACUCUAAACGGGGUAACUCUAAACGGAAUAACUCUAAACGGGUAACUCUAAACGGUAACUCUAAACGGGAUAACUAUAAACGGGGUAACUCUAAACGGUGUAACUCUAAACGGAAUAACUCUAAACGGGGUAACUCUAAACGGGAUAACUCUAAACGGGAUAACUCUAAACGGGGUAACUCUAAACUGGGUAACUAUAAACGGGGUAACUCUAAACGGGAUAACUAUAAACGGGGUAACUCUAAACGGGAUAACUCUAAACGGGAUAACUCUAAACGGGGUAACUCUAAACUGGGUAACUAUAAACGGGGUAACUCUAAACGGGAUAACUAUAAACGGGGUAACUCUAAACGGGGUAACUCUAAACGGAAUAACUCGAAACGGGGUAACUCUAAACGGGGUAACUCUAAACGGGAUAACUCUAAACGGGGUAACUCUAAACGGGACAACUCUAAACGGGAUAACUCUAAACGGCGCUUGCAUGUUGUAACAGUUGAAAUAUGA